UUAUUUGCCUGUGUACUUGAUAAUAAAUUAAUUUGUAAGUGUACCUUUGAAUUAGGUUGUGAUCGAUUUUAUAUAUCGAUUAAUUGUGAAACCUUCCAAACUUUUGGUAAGUUAGUGUUUUUGUUUUAUUGUGACAAUAACAGUGGGCUGUAACAAGGGAAAAAGCAUAUAAAAUGGAAAGUUCUGAUAAUUCUAAGAUUAUAUUGGACAUUUCGGCUCCUUCGACAAGCAGCGAAAAUAUCGCUAUGGACGAAGAUAUAUUCAGUGCUAAUGAGGAAGACCAGGCACUCGUCAGCAAGUUUUUGGAGGGCGAGAUGAACUUCAACGACUACAUCGAGAACGUUGCCGGCCCCACGCUGCCGGAAGACACGGAAAUGUACGAUAUCAAACCUUUGGUCGAAUCCAUCAAGAAAAACGAAAGUGUAAACAAAGCGAAGAAGGGGAUGCGGAAGCUUCCGCCAGCCCUAAAAGGCCUAAUGGGCGAGGCGAAUCUCAGAGUGGCAAGAGGAGACAAAGAGACUGCUGUUAAAAUCUGCCUCGAAAUUAUCCGUCAAGUGCCGACUGCAGCUGAACCGUUUUUGACACUUGCCGGAAUAUAUGAUGAAAUGGGUGACGAAGAAAAAUUCCUUCAGAUGUCACUCGUCGCUGCUCAUUUGUCGUCAACAGACGCCUACCAGUGGGUCCAUUUGGCAGAACUGUCUGAAAAACAAAAUUUGAUAAAACAAGCAAUAACUUGUUACACGAAAGCUAUAAAUCUUGAUAUUCAAGACAUGGAACUUCAUCAAAGAAGAGCUACUUUGCUUGAAUCUUUAGGUGAUAAAAAGACUGCAAUAAGGGGGUACAUACGACUGCUUUGCUCCUUAAAACCCGAACAGGGCGAACUCAUAAUCUCCCUGGCGAAAACUAUUGCACAGCUUUGUCAUAAAGAAAAUGACUUGCAGAAAGCGAGUUACGUUCUUGAAAUUGCUAUACAAAAAUGUCCUCAACUGAUAAACCUUGAAAUAAUCAACUUGCAGCUAGAACUAUUGCUGCAGAUGAAAAACUACAAAUCUUGUUUAGACAUUAUGUUGGCAUUUUGUAAUCUAGUCGUCAAAACAGAAUUCGAUGGCGAUGACAUUAAAAUCAUCAACUUUGAGAUUCCUAGUGAAACUCCAAUUGACAUAAUGACAAAAAUGAUAAUCGUGAUGAUACAUAUGAAAGCAACUCAUUUGAUUGAUACACUGAUGGAACCGAUUAUGAAUCUUGAGCCGUCAACAGCAGGCGAUUUGUAUUUAGACAUCGUCGAUGCUUUCGUUGAAAAUAAAUUAUACGAAAAUGCACAUAAAUUGUUACACACUUUGAUUCAGAGUGAAGAGUACUGCCUCCCUGGUGUAUGGCUGAAGUAUGCAGAAAAUUUGAAAAAUCUCAAAAAAUUCCAAGAAGCUACAACUGCUUAUUAUAAAGUUUUGGAAAAUGUCCCACAGCACGUGGAAGUGAGAAUGACUCUAGCGUCUUUAUUAGUCGAACUUGGAAGGCCGGAUGAAGCGAUUAACGCAUUGACGCAAAACGAAGAAUACGAUUAUUUGGAUGUUGGCCUUUUGUAUGAAAAGUGCACAUUGUUGAGAAGGGAUCCAUCUAGGGCUCAAGAACUUAUCAUGGUCAGCCAAGUGUUGUUUUCAAGACACUGCACACAAAUAAGAAAUAAAGAUGAGCUUUCGACUAUAUCUACACUCCAGCGUUAUGAUAGAAAGAGGGUGGCUGUAAAGCAAGUGCGUAAAUCGAAAAAAGAGUCCGAAGCCGAUUCAGACAUUCCAACGUUCAGAACGGACAAGAAAGGCCCUACUAUUGAAGAGGAAUGGGAACUGUUUAAAUACAUUUGCUCCCUUUGCAUUGAGCACAAAAUGUACAUAACUCUCCAGCGGUUGACCUUCACAGUGCAACUUUCCACAAUAUUUCAUGUAUACAAAUUUGACAUUGACGUUCUGAGUGUGAUUGCUGCAUAUUUAAAUAGAGAUUCUCAUAAUGGUUACAACAUUAUAAGGACAUUGGUAGCUAAAAAAUGUUUAUCGGUAAAACUCUGGCAUUUGUUCAACUUGAUAAUUACUAAAUCGGAUGAUGCAAGGCACAACAGAUUCAUAAUGCGGCAGUUGUCUAGAGAUUGUGAACAUCCUGCACUAGGGAUUUUGCAUGGGAAUAACUGCCUCGUUUCGGGAACGUACAAGUAUGCUAUGCACGAAUACAGCACUUCCUAUUCAAAAAACCCCACACCGCUCAGUGCACUCCUCCUGGGCUUGACAUAUCUACAGAUGGCAGCUCAGAAGUUCACAUCGAAAAAGCACCACCUUGUUCUUCAAGCCUUGGGUCUCCUCGCGCAGUACAAAGACAAAAGAAGUCCACAAGGUUUGCAGGAAGUCCAUUACAACCUUGCCAGAGGAUUCCAUCAUUUAGGACUUUAUACUUCUGCAAUAUUCCAUUACAAAAAAGUGUUUGAAUACAGGGAUUUAAUACUGCCUUCACAGAAACCUGAAGUUUUUGAUCUCUCACGAGAAGCGGCUUUCAAUUUACACCUUAUUUAUAGUCAGUCUGAAUCUUUUAACAUAGCAAGAAUGUUUUUAGACAAAUAUAUUGUAAUUUAAUAUUUUUAUAUCAUGGCUCAUCAAAUUAUUUUAUAUAAAAAUCCUGAACUUUUUUAUUUCUUUUUGUUUUAUAC